AUGGCAGUUCUUUUCAUUUUCUUACAAACCAUUAUUUUACUAGAAUGCUCUCUCUUUCUCUCUUUAUAUUUAUCUAUUUACCUAUAUACCUAUCUAUCUCUAUAUCUAUCUUUAUCGCUUUCUCCUUCCCAAUCUCUUUCUCUCUCUCUCUCUCUCUCUCUCUCUCUCUCUCUCUCUCUCUCUCUCUCUCUAUCUGUGUUUUUCUCUCUUUAUCCCUCGCACUGUAUAUAUCCCUUCCCGAUUCUUAUUUUCUCUAUCAAUAAGUUCUCCUCUUUAUUUAUUCCUCUCAUUUCUUUCUUUCUUUCUUUCUUUCUUUCUUUCUUUCUUUCUUUCUUUCUUUCACUCUCUCAUUUAAUUUUUUCUUUCUUUUAUUCAUUCUUACUUUCCCUCAGUUCAUUCAUUCAUUCUUUCUUUCUUUCUUUUUCUUUCUUUCUUUCUUUCUUACUUUCUUUCUUGUUCUUUCUUUCUUUCUUUCUUAACAACAAUUGUAGCAGUUCAAUGUAUUUCCACUUAAUGGCAGUUCUUUCUCGAUUUUUACAUCCUAUUAUUUUACAAAGACGCUCUCUUUUUCUGACACUCUUUCUAUCUAUCUAUCUAUCUAUCUAUCUAUCUAUCUAUCUAUCUAUCUAUCUAUCUCUUCCUCUCUCUGUCUUUGUUUAUAUCCUUCUUUUCCUCCCUCUCCCUCUAUAUAUCAUUUACUGA